AUGGAAACGGCCCAUCGCAUCGUCGAGGCUGGGUCUUCGCUGAUGCCGGCCUCGGCAGUUCCACCUCACGCACUUCCUGGUGUCAUUGUACGGAGAUUUGCGUUCUUGCUCGCCUUUCUCUGGCUGGCAAGCGGCGUAACGCAUUGUUUGCGCUGGACGGGCUCAUCUAUCAUUGGAGGCGCAGAGCUGGAGGAGCUUUCGCCUGGAACUCCUGUGGCGACAAAUUGGCCACAACCGGCACAGCUUUUUGAGGUUGAUGCCCUACAUUGUCACGGUCCUGCCUUGCUCGUGCAAAAUCGAUUCGGGCUGUUCACGGGCGACCUGCAUGGCAACAGCAGUGCCAGCAACAUUGCUUACACUGCUUUGCAGGAGGCCCCAGCCUUCACGGAUGACGGAGCUCCGGUGAGCGCAGUGUCAGGAUGCCCUGCAUCUGGUCCAUGCGAUAUCCUCGUACGGUCUGCGACGCAGGAGCAAGGCCACCUGGUUGAUUUUGACGUCCUUCAGAUCGCUUCAGGCGAUUGGAAAGUCCACGUGGAAGACCGACCUUCCAAAGUCCGGCUCCCUGCCAGUUGGCGGCGGCUGACAGUGCAUCGGCCGAACAAUUCUAGCCGAGAUAAGCUUCAGGUCGUUGGAUGGGAUGGUUCAGAGGUGUUUUUCGCAUCGGUACGGCAGGGGGAUGACCGAGCGAAACCUAGGUUCGUUUUGCGUCCUGAGCGUGCAUGUACUAACCGCCUCUCACGCUGGCCCAAGGUCUCUGCGGUGCUGGGCCGCCGCUGUGUAGAUGGCCCGGAGAACUACAAAGAUGUGCAGGCCUUACAGUUUCUCGCAGAUGGUAGUCUGCUGCUUGUCCUUCACGGCAAAGGCUUCUUGGAUGCCUGGCGCCCCACGACUGGGCAACUAGUUGGGCGCUGGCGGCUGCACAAGCCUCAAGCGCCUGAAGCCAGCUUUGCGGCUGGAGUUUGUAUUCAGGAGUUCCAAGAAAGCUAUGCCCCAUCUAAACUGCAGGAAGAGCCCCACAGACAACUCGUGAUCGCAUGGCGAAUGCAGAGGUCAGCUCCCCGUCUGGAGAUCUUGCCUCUACCGCACCUGCUGAAUCGUGCGGGCUGUCAGGACGCAGCUGGGAUGAACAACCUGAACAAGCUCAUCAUCUGA